UUGAUGUGUGAUGGUUGGACCAAUAGUUUGAAUCAAAUGCAUAUCAUUAAUUUUCUUGUUUACUGUAGUAAAGGGACUAUUUUUUGAAAAUCUGUAGAUGUCUCAAGUGUUCGUAGUAGAGAUACAAACUUUUACUAUAGAUUAUUAGAUGAAGUUGUGAAAAAAAUUGAAGAAAAAUACAUUGUUCAAAUAGUCACUGAUAACGAGACAGCACUUAAGGCCGCAGGAAAAAGACUAAUGGAGAAGAGAAAACAUUUGUAUUGGACAGCAUGUUCAGCUCAUUGUUUGGACUUGUGCCUUGAAGAUAUUGAGAGGAAAAAAAAUGUAGCAAAGGUUUUGGAUGAUGCAAAGAAAGUGACUUGUUUUAUAUACAAUCACAUUUGGACUGUUAAUUUGAUGAAAAAAUAUACACAAGGGAAGCAAAUACUUCGUCCUGCUCUUACCCGAUUUGCCACUCAUUUCAUACAAUUAGAAGAAAUAAUAAGGCAAAAGCAAAGUUUGAGAGAGAUGUUCAAUUCAAAGGAAUUUAAAGAUUCAAAAUGGGGACAACAAAAAUCAGAACCUGUUUAUGAAAUGAUGAUGGUGAUUGGAGAUGGUGAUGGUGCAAAUUUUGGUGAUAAUAUGGAUGCAAAUCGACCUUACAGCCCAUUUGGAGGAGAAUUUGGGCUUGCUGCUACUGAUGGACUUUUUAUUAAUAUGACAGAAUACGGAGGAAAUCCAUUUGCUGAAUCUAGUGAGGGUCAAAGUGCACGUACAGCUCGAUCAAAAGAAAAAGGAUGGAGAUGGAGUCAACUUGGCUCUCAAAGUGAAGAUAGAGAAUCUGAUCCUCCUCGUCAUUUUACCAUGUGA